AUGUCCUGCUUCGACGAUGUCCGUCACACGACGAACGAAAGCUCAGCAUGGAUUCGUCUGAGUCGUAUGGCUGUGUGCCAAGGACCUAUUCGCAAAAAUCCACAGUUGCAACUCCGAGGCAUUCCCCAUUCAGCUUCCGUUGAGGCCAAAUCACGAAUCUCUUCCACACGCCUCUUCAAACGAAAUGGAGGAUUCUCUAACAUCAAUCUAUUAAAUAAUUCUUCGAAACUCGGUUUUUCUACAUACUUAUGUGGCGUAGUGGGUAGCGUGUCGAGACUAUACGCUGCACUGUCAUGAAUCUCUAUAAUUCUCCGCACUUUUUACGCUCAGGCUAGUGGUGAACAGGACGAUGGUGAAUACGAUCUGUCUUGGCCAGGCGUACUGACUCGUUCCUGGAUCUACCGGUCCUUACGCAUGAAGCAGCGUGGCAAUUGGUUGUUUCAGGGACAUUCUGGAGGCAGUUCGAGUUCCAUCUCUAAGUCCAGUAUUUCUAAUUCACACUACGCUAGCCUCAGAUGCUCGCUUCCGAAAUUAUCAUCGGGCUCACUAUGCCACCCGAAGGCGUCCUUAAAAUCUCCCAGUCUUGCCGCUUCCCUAGCCUUGGCUUGUUACUCUCGAUCUCUUCAACUCCUGGUGCUGGCCAGGCAAGCAGCCAACUUGCCUUCUGUCGAUAGCACUCUAACAGGAAAAGAAGAUCAGAUGUUAUAA